AUGGACCUUGACAUGGACUACCAUACCCGACGGACAUCGUCUACCGUCCGUGAGCACGAGGAAGCAAAGCAUGUCACCUGGGGGCGGCACGCCAACAUCCUCAACCCCAACCUGCCUCUUGCGAUACUGGUUACCUUACUGUACGCAGUACACGCCCAGUCCCAAACUCCCAAGGACCUAAACCCAGCCCAUCCAACCCGAUAUCCUGAUCCUAAUCCAGCCCAGACGCGAUCCAGUAUCUACUUCCCCCUCCCUUUCCCACACCAAUAUCACCUCAACGAUUGCGAAGAGCACGUCUUGUCUUGUGCCACGCACUCCCUUCACCCCCUCGUCUCGACUCCUUUCCCCAAGUUCCAACGUUCCCUGGUCUUGGUCUACGACCCGGACCUUCAAGGUCAAAGUAAAGUUCCUGCAGCCAUGGCUUCUCCGCGACUUCUCCAACCGCAAACCUCGUCCCAGGACCACACCUUACACACCCCCCCAGGCACUCCUCCGACAGGCCACAACCACACUCAGACUCUCGUCGAAUACAAAAUGGACAGCCCAGAGCCGCACCGACCUGCUACCCCGGAAAAGAAUGGCAGAUCCUCUUUCUCGUCCAUUCGCGAGAACGACUCCGACUUAGCCCAGACGUUCACUUCCUCAAAAGUCUCUUCCUACGCACAGAAAGCAACCAACGCCGUGUUCGACGACUCCUCUGCCUCACCCUCGCCGAUCGCCUCACUUUCCCUUGAGAUGGCUGAAGUUCAGUUCAUGCCCCCCGUCACCCACCCCAGCAGCAGACUUCAUGGCGGCUGGUAUCCUGCUUCCAGCUUCAAGGGCUGGAAGCAAAUCAAUGUCAAGGGCAAGACGGCUAGCAAGAGCUUCAGUGACCUCCAGGCACUGCACAUGUCAUGGAGCACUCCUCCGCCUUCACCCAAGGGCAACAAGCCUACCAACUGCCGCGCGCCCAUGGAGAGACUGCCAUUGGAGAUUCUAGGAUCCAUUAUCGAGCUCCUGGUCCUCGACAUCCCUCCGCCGUACGGCACUGCGCGCCGCAACGUUGACUUGAUGUCCUUGCUUCUGACCUCGAGAUCGGUGCACGCCGCAACCCUCAACACCCUGUACAAGCACAUUACCAUUCCUCACUCGAGAAUCUUCCGCAAGUUCCUGUCCAACAUCACAACACACCCUGCACUAGGCACCAUUGUACGGCGCAUCGACUUCAGCCACUUCAAUAACGCGACUCUUUUCGAGUCUGCCAGCGAGCGCAAGGGCACGCGGAACCUGACGGAGGAGACAUUAUUACAAUGCUUGGAGCUUACACCGCACCUCCAAGAGUUCCUGGCUAUGGAGCAUAUUGACGAUGACCUCGGCGCUGAGGUGAUGCAGAAGCUCUUCUUCGGCAUGCCUCGCCUGCAAGCUUUGGACUUCGCCGGGUGCACAUCACCGUCUUUCAAGAACUCUUUUGCAUCUCUGGUAGACAUGGACUGGCCCGAGACGCUUUCGAUUACUCGCCUCUCACUUCACAAGUGCCUGACGCUCCCUCCCGCGCUUUUCGAGAAGAUCAUGCCACGCCUCACCAACGUCACGCACCUGGACCUUGCCCAGACCAAGAUCACCGACCGAGCGCUGCAGGCCAUCCCGAAGACGGCCAAGAUUACCCACUUGAACCUCGCCAAGUGCACACUGCUCACGGCUCCCACCGUUAUCAACUUCCUUGCGACUCAUCCGGCGGUCAGGAACCUCGUCUACCUGAGCGUGGCUACCGAUGCUCGGAGUCACCAACUUCUGGAUGUGGAGGACGUUUCGCAGCUCAUCCCUGUGCUGCCCAAGACGCUUCGGUCUUUGAGCCUAAAGGGUAGCCGCAUGGAUGACUCGCACCUUGAGUUACUGCGACCUCUGACCAAGUAUUUGGAGGAGCUCGCCGUCGGGCGCGACAUGGAUGUCAAUGCCGCCGCUAAGCUGCUUGAGCCGGCGGACGAGAAGAAGCAGGAGGAGCCCCACACAAUCCGAUACCUGGACCUUUCGGACCUCUGGGGCAGCGAGUUGGAUAUUGUGGAUUUGUUUUCGAGCCGAAACUCGCUGCUAAAACCGAGCUCGGUGCCACUCGAGGUGGUUGAGAUCUCGGAGCAAUCUUUCAAGAGCCUAUCUCGGAAUAGGGCACUGGAGCGCGUCGGCUGGUCCCUGCAGGAGAUCGGAAGCCGAUGCUGGAUGGUCCGAAUGCAGGACCACCGCAAGGACCAGGACCGCGGCUACCGGUGGUGGAAGAUUGGCGCCGACAACUGGGGCAUGCGCAAGAUCCCGGUCGCGCGCGCCGAAGUCGGCGGUAUCAAGAAAACAGCAUCAGCGACGAUCAAUGACUUGGCUUUGAUUGGUGAUUUUUGUGGCCUUGUUCUCCUACGAUGUCGGGUUGCUAUUGCCAUUCCUGUCGCAGUAAACAAUGGCUGGAAAUCAAGAAGCUAUCAGCGUACCUGCAGUGGCUACAUCAUCGUGCCGUCACAGCGAACCCUCAAGAAAGUUAACUCAUCUUUUCCCUCUCAUACCGUGGCCUCGGUGCAGCCUUACGCGCUGACCCCGUCCUCAAACUAUCAACCUCCAAAAAAAGAACACUUGUCAGCCUCGAGCUCCAACGCUUGCUCGAAAGCAAGUCGCCGCCGUCGUUGGCCCGUCAUGGCAUUUGGCUGGUCAGAAAUCCGCUCUCUACUUCUCGUCUUCGGUCCGAUCCUCCUUCCCAAGGCAAUCUCAGCCUACAAAUCUAUUCGCAAUGCCUCCCAACACAGCGGCGAACCGAUCCCACCUCCGCCCCGCAUAGCCCGCGCCCUCGCCAUCCUCACCAUCAUCGUAAUCGUCUACCUCGUCAAGACCCUCCCGCCCCUGGCCCCGGAGAACCUAUUCACUCUCACCCAGUCCCGCCUCCAGAUCCCCGUCGACGUCCUCUUCAACCGCCUGUCCUCCCUUCGCCCGGAAUCCGCCCUUACCGCUGCCGACGAGCGCCUCCGCGCCCGCUUCGUCAACCUCGAGUCCCGCCUCCUCUACCUCCAGCUCGGCCCCGCCGCCCUCGCAGACUGCCCCUUUUGCAAGUCCGAGGACCCCAAGUCCUACUUUUACUACGCGCUUCCCGCCAUCAUCCUCCCCCAUCUCGUCAACCUCAUCGCCCUCGCCGCCGUCACCUCCUCCACCUUCACCGGCCGCGAUGGUGCUCGCUGGCGCUCCCACGCCACAAUGGCCGCCGCCGCCCUCGCCGCAGCAGACGCCGUCCUCGUAGGCCAGUACGACUACUCUGCCAACGCCGCGGCCCUCCGCCUCCAGGACAUGGACUUCUUCUACUGGCGCGCUCGCGCGCUGCGCUACAUCGCCCUCGCGGCCCUCGACGUCGGCAUCGGCGCUCUCCUGUUCCUCUCUGGCACCCGCCGCGCUUUCGUCCUGCCGCCUUCGGAAGCGGAGCGCAUCGAGGCGAGCAACCGCGCCCUGACGACGGUCAAGAGCAAGCUGAACGCGCUGGGUAUCGUCAAGAAUACGUCGAUGCGCGACGAGGAGCUGCGGGCGCGGAGUCAGGCGUAUUGGUUGCGCGAGGGCCAGAUGGUGCGCGAUGCCAUGGAGGAGAGGGAGGUUGUCGAGAGUGUGAAUGAUGCGCUGGAGAAUAGGAUCAAUAUACAGCAGGUCACGAGCGAUGCUGAGAGUUAUACCGACGGGGUGUUUCGACAGCCGGAAGGCACUGCGCAAUGA